AUGGAACAGCCCAGAGAGCUUCCACGUCGUCAGGACUUCCGUGUUGGUUGGAUCGCAGCACUCUACAAAGAGUAUCUCGCUGCAAGACAAGUUCUCGAUGAACAGUACGACGACCUUGAAGUAAGUCGUCAUAAAGGCGAUUCGAACCACUACACCUUUGGACGAGUCGGCAAGCACUAUGUCGUCAUUGCGUCUCUGCCCACCGGUGUGCCAGGAACGCAUUCUGCUUCUUCUGUUGCCAACGGCAUGAUGAAUUCAUUUCCACUAGUUCGAUUUGUACUCAUGGUCGGAAUCGCGGGAGGUGCUCCGACGAACGAUAAUGAUGUGAGACUGGGUGAUGUUAUUAUCGGAACAAGAACGAUUCCUUACUCCUUCAUCAGGCAACAUCAAAACAGAAGAGAGAACAUUGGGGAUAACGUUGUCUCUUCUCGUGAUCUGUUGUCAACUGUCAGCAAUGUUCAGGCAAAGAUCACUGAAGGGACUGUGAAUUUGGAUGACACCAUAUCUUCCAGGUUCAACAAAACGGAAGAGAUAAUAGAUAUCUUCCAGCGGCCCGAACCAGAGUCCGAUCGUCUUUGCCAGUCUGAUUAUCUCCAUGCCCCCUUGUGCGACUGCCUGAGUGUUUCUCCGGGCAACUCAAACGCACUGAUUCAAAGGCAACAGCGUAAAUCUUAUGCGAAGGUCAAAGUCCACUUUGGCUCCAUCGGCUCAGCGGAUAUAGUCCUCAGAGACGCCAAUGAACGGGACAGACUAUCCAAUCAGUUCGAAAUUCUCUGCUUUGAAAUGGAGUCGGCGGGGAUUUGCUUAGAAAACCUGCCCAUCCUGCCCAUCCGAGGCAUUUGUGACUAUGCCGACUCGCAUAAGAACAAAAAAUGGCAAGGUUACGCCGCUGCCGUGGCCGCCGUUUACGCCCGGUGUCUGCUCCAAACUGUUUCUUCGGGAGAUUUGUUCAAAGGAACAAAGCCUGUGGAUGCAGAUGACUUGCGCAAAGAAAUAGAGAUUCUCGUUACUGCGGUCAACAAAAUGACAUCCAUUGAUAUUGAAGAACAGUUGCGCGGACAUGAGUCUAAGCUGGAGAAACAUGAGAAGAUAUUUCGUGAUGCACACCAAGCCAUGGAUCAAAUUCAUGCAAUGAUCGAAAUGACGAGGGGCGUUUCUGCAAAUAGGGCUAAAGCCAACUCCGAGGCCAUCAAUAAACUGGAGAUCCAAACGACGGAUAACGCCCUGGCCAUUGAAUCAGCACAUCGCAAAAUUGAAGAAGGGCAACAGCAGCUUCAAAAGAUCCUCGAUGCCAUGCAAGAGCAUAUCAAAAGACAGCAAGAGGCAAGUUCACCGGAACAACGACCCAAAUGGGAUGACCUCCAAGCAGAGGCUCAGAAAGAAAGUACAUCUUUAAAAGAUGCAACAGAAAAGACCGAGAAAGCUCUGAAGAACGCAACUCAUGUUCUUAAUGACCUGAACCAUCUUACCGGAAAUUCAGAACUUGGCAAAGUCACAAAAGCCACAGACAAAACGAGUCACCAGCAGCCGAACAGUUACCAAAAGACAUGA